ACAAAAAAAAAAAAGAAAAAGCGAUUAGGAAAAUUCCUUUCCAUUGUCAUUGAUCUAAAAUGUGAUUUGUUUGGAUUUCAUAUAACUAUUGUUAAAACGCGCGCUCUGAAUGAAGAGACCCCAAACAGGCUUUGUGUGAGCAACAUGGCUGUUUAUUCAACUGGGUGCAUGGGUUUGGGGUGGGCAGUGGAAAGUUAUAGAAGUUACAGUUGGCUGUCUUUUUGCAGGCUGGGAGGGGUCGUAGGGUGUGGCAUAAGGAGGUUGGUCAAAGUCUGUUACAAAGUCCUGUGGCCUUGUCAGUGGAGGCCGGAAUGAGAAACAAUAGAGAAUAUCUUAAAGUUAAGUAUCCUAGGCGGGGGUUGAUAAUUUCUUCCUCUUUCUACAAUCUUACAGCCAUUUCAGGUUUUCUAAUUCCGGAAGGCCCUCUAGAGUUGUAUGUGCGGUUCAUAGGGGUGCCGUGCCGUCCACGGACUCAGUGACCUUUGAGGAUGUGGCUGUGAGGUUUACCCAGGAUGAGUGGCCUCUGCUGGAUCCUUCCCAAAAGAAUCUCUACAGAGAUGUGAUGCAGGAAACCAUCAGGAACCUGAAGUCUAUAGAAAUCAUAUGGCAGAGAGACUCUGUGAAUGUAAAGAUGGUCAAUGUGACAAAACUUUCAGCCUGAUUCCAGAUGCUAUAAUGAACAAGAAGACUUUUCCUGGGGUAAAACCAUGUGAAAGCCGUGUGUGUGCAGAAGGCAACAUGGAUCCUUCAUCUCCGAAUUGCUGCAACGGAGCUGACACUGGACACAAACCAUGUAAGUGUCGGGAACAUGGAGAGAAGACACAUAAACGUAAGCAAUGUGUGAAAACCUUCAGCUGUCUCCACUCCUUUCAAACACAUGAAACGCCUCACACUGGAGAGAAAGCCUAUGAUUGUAAGGAAUUGAAAAAAACCUUCAUUUCUCUCAAAACUGUUCAAAGACACAGGGUAAUGCACAGUGGAGAUGGACCUUACACAUGUAUUUGUGGGAAAGCCUUUGUUACUCUCAGUCUAAAUCUCACACAUGAAAGAUCUCAUACUGGACAGAAGCCAUAUAAAUGUAAUGAAUGUGGGAAAGCCUUUGAUUGUCUCAGCCAUUUUCAUAGACAUGAAAGAACACACACCGGGGAGAAGCUGUAUGAAUGUAAGCAGUGUGGAAAAGCCUUUAAUCGUUCCAGUAAUAUUCGAGCACAUGCAAAAAUUCACACUGGAGAGAAACCGUAUGAAUGUAAGCAAUGUGGGAAAGCGUUUCAUAGUUGGAGUUCUGUUCGAAAACAUGCAAAAAUUCACACCGGAGAGAAACCGUAUGAAUGUAAGCAAUGUGGGAAAGCCUUUACUCGUCCCAGUUCAAUUCAACGACAUGCAAGAAUUCACACCGGAGAGAAACCGUAUGAAUGUAAGCAAUGUGGGAAAGCCUUUACUCGUUCCAGUUACAUUCGAACGCAUGCAAGAAUUCACAGUGGAGAGAAACCCUAUGAAUGUAAGCAAUGUGGGAAAGCCUUUAUUCAGUCCAGUGCCUUUCAAACACAUAUAAGAAUUCACACUGGAGAGAAACCUUAUCAGUGUAAGCAAUGUGGGAAAGGCUUUAGUUUACCCAGUAACGUUCGAAUACAUGCAAGAAUUCACACUGGAGAGAAACCCUAUGAAUGUAAGCAGUGUGGGAAAGCCUUUUCUUCUCUCAGUUCCUUUCGGUAUCAUGAAAGGACUCAACACUGGAGAGAAACCCUAUGAAUGUAAGCAAUGUGGAAAAGCCUUUCUUCAAUCCAGUUCCAUUCAAAAGCAUGCAAGAAUUCACACUGGAGA